AUGUACCUCGACGCCAAUAACUUAUAUGGCCAUUCGAUGAUGCAGCAUUUACCACAUAAUAAUUUUCAAUGGUCUGAUGUUAAAUUUGAUCGAGAAACAAUUCUGAAUCUUAAAGAUGAUGCUGAUAUUGGCUAUGUUUUCGAAGUAGAUCUCGAUUAUCCGAAAGAGUUGCAUGAUUUACAUAAUGAUUACCCAAUGCUGAAAUUGGCUCUUCAGCAUGGGUUAGUUUUGGGGAAAGUACAUCGCGCCCUGCAGUUCAACCAAACAGCAUGGCUCAAGCCUUACAUUCAGCUGAACACGGAAAUGAGAACGCGAGCUACUAAUGAUUUUGAAAAGAAUUUCUUCAAACUUCUCUGCAAUGCUAUUUUUGGGAAAACGAUGGAAAAUCUGCGAUCUCGCGUUGAUAUCAAACUGAAGUCGCAGUGGGGUGGAAGAUCUGGAGCACGUAUGCUCAUAGCGAAACCGAAUUUCAAGCGACGCACAAUUUUUGAUGAAGACUUGGUUGCCAUCGAGUUGAAAAAAACAAGUUUGCUCAUGAAUAAACCGAUUGUGGUGGGGCUCGCGAUAUUGGAUAUAUCCAAAGUCGUUAUGUGUGACUUUCACUAUAACUUUAUGAAGCCCAAAUAUGGUGAUAAAGUCCAACUUGCGUACACCGACACUGACAGUUUUAUCUAUAAAAUAAGCUGCGAAAACUUCUAUGAUGAUAUGAAACAGCAUUUAGAGAAAUUCGACACCAGCGACUACAAAGAGGAUAAUCCAUACAACAUGCCCCGCGUGAACAAGAAGGUGCCUGGUCUGUUUAAGGACGAGUUGAAUGGUGAAAUUAUAACCAAAAAAAUAGGUAUACGCAGUAAAAUGUAUUGU